GGAAGAGGAAGAGGAAGAAGACGACUGUAUGCCUGGCCUAUAUGGUCAGUGCAGAACCAGCCAAAGAAUGCUGCAGUCUGGGUGAAAGGCAAUGAUAACUUCCCCCAGUCGCCGGUAGGUGGCAGCAACGUCAAGCCUAAAACCGGUCUGAUUCCAUCGGCAGAGAUGGGCUUUUGGAGACGGGACUUCUUGCAAAGGUCCCGACGCCGCCUUGCAAGUGCCUGCAAGUGUCUCUUGCCUGGAAGCAGAGUCUCGGUGCCCAAAGGGAGUCGGAGAGCAGUCUGUGGAGAGUGUCAUCCCGAGGGAAGUGCCUUUCUUUGGAGCCUGGCUGGGGGAUUCUGAGCAUUGGAGUCCCAAGGAAGAAACGCGUCUAAGCAAAGGUCCCUCUUUGGGGAAACCAAGUUACUUAUCCUCGUCUCCUCUCUGCGUGAUUAAAGAUUGUGCAAAGCCAUGAAGUCAGUAAUGCAACAUUAGCUCUAGGAAGAUGAGGUGCCUCACUGAAUUUCUUCAGUUGCUGAUUCUGUUGGAAAUGGGACAGAGAAGUCAGAGCACCGAGAAGUGCCCUUUGUCCUGCGAGUGCUUGCAUGGGAUUCACUACAAAAUUACCUGCAGGGAAAUACAUUUCAUCCCCAGCCUCCCGCAAGGCACUCAGAUUUUGAGAUUUAUGGAAACCCAUCUGAGAACAAUUCCUAGUGAAGCAUUUUCCAAUCUUCCCAACAUCUCUAGGAUCUAUAUCAGCAUUGAUGCAGUGUUACAGGUGCUGGAGGCAUCUUCUUUCAACAGUUUAAACAAAGUUACGCAUAUAGAAAUCCGAAAUGCUAGAAGCUUAAGCUACAUACACCCGGAGGCCUUUAUCAAUCUCCCAUUGUUAAAAAACCUUGUGAUUAUGAAUACUGGACUUGGAGUUUUUCCUGACCUCACCAGAAUUGAAUCAACAGAUAUGAACUUUUUGCUGGAAAUUGCUGAUAAUCCAUCUAUGAGUUCAGUACCCCCAAAUGCAUUCCGUGGGCUAUGCAAUGAAUCCCUUAUGAUAAAACUCUACAAUAAUGGUUUCACCAGAAUAGAAGCCUAUGCGUUCAAUGGAACAAAGUUAGAUUCUUUGCACCUGAAUAAGAAUAAAUAUUUAAGCGCUAUUCAUGAAGAUGCUUUUUUUGGUGUUCAGAGUGGUCCAAGUCUACUCGAUGUCUCCCAGACAGGUAUAACUACACUUCCAGCAAGAGGACUGGAAAACCUUAAAGAAUUGAUAGCUGAAAAUACCUGGACCCUUAAGAAAUUGCCUCCAGUAAAGACUUUUCCAUACCUGAUAAAUGCGGCUCUCUCUUACCCAAGUCACUGCUGUGCUUUCAAGAACUGGAAAAAAUCAAAAGGAAUUCUGGAGUCCUUGCUGUGCAAUCAAACUAGCAAUUAUAACUUCCGACAGAGAAGAUCUACUGGUGGUCCGCUUUACCAAGAUUAUGCAGAAGAUGAUUUAGAUCGGACUGAUACUGUAUAUGACGAGAACUCCAAAUUUAGUGAUGCUCAUGCAAAUUCUCAUUAUUAUGUCUUUUUUGAAGAACAUGACAAUGGCUUUGGCCAGGAGCUCAAGAACCCUCAAGAGGAGAACAUUGCAACAUUUGACAACCAUUAUGAAUAUACUCUUUGUUCAGGUACUGAUGAUAUUAGUUGUACUCCUGAACCUGAUGAAUUCAACCCCUGUGAAGAUGUAAUGGGCUACCGAUUUCUAAGGAUUGUGGUAUGGUUUGUGAACUUGCUGGCCAUUGUAGGCAAUGCUUUUGUUCUCUUUAUUCUACUCACAAGCCAUUACAAGUUGACAGUCCCACGAUUCCUGAUGUGUAAUUUAGCCUUUGCUGAUUUCUGCAUGGGAUUAUAUCUUCUCCUGAUUGCUUCAGUGGACUUUUACACCAGGUCAGAGUACUAUAACUAUGCCAUUGAUUGGCAGACUGGGUCUGGUUGUAGUGCAGCUGGCUUUUUCACUGUAUUUGGUAGCGAAUUGUCUGUCUUCACCUUGACUGCAAUCACCCUAGAACGUUGGUACGCUAUCACUUUUGCCAUGCGCUUGGACAAGAAAAUCCGCCUCUGGCAUGCUUCUGUUAUCAUGCUGGCUGGUUGGAUGGUAUGUUUCCUUCUUGCCCUUUUACCAUUGGUUGGAGUCAGUAGCUAUGGAAAAGUCAGUAUCUGCCUUCCUAUGGACACUGAAACUCCCUUGGAUCAAGCCUACAUUGUAUUUGUUUUACUGCUGAAUAUCAUUGCUUUCAUUGUCAUUUGUGCCUGUUACAUAAAAAUCUAUAUUACUGUGAGGAACCCUCAGUACAAGUCAGGGGACAAAGACACCAUCAUUGCCAAAAGGAUGGCUGUGCUGAUUUUUACUGACUUCCUGUGUAUGGCACCAAUCUCUUUCUAUGCCUUAUCUGCUAUUAUGAACAAACCCCUGAUAACUGUCAGUAACUCAAAAAUCCUACUUGUCUUGUUUUAUCCACUCAACUCUUGUGCUAACCCAUUCCUCUAUGCUAUCUUUACCAAAGCUUUCCAAAGGGAUGUCUUCAUUUUGCUUAGCAAAUUUGGAUUAUGUGAGCACCAAGCUCAAGUCUACAGGGGCCAAACUGUCUCCCCUAAAAAUAGCGGUGGUUCCUACAGUCAGAAGGGCAGUCAUGGGAUAAGUCCGAAUCUCACAAAUCUUCACAGCAAUACUCCUGCUUCAUCUGGAAAUUACUAUCCAGCAAUUAUGCUGCAUAGUCAAGAGACCACGGAAGACAGGAAGAUGACUGUGUUGUAAACCCUGAAUGCUUAAACGAUGAUCAGACCAGUAAGAGCUUGGUUUAGAAAUGUAGCCAAUAAUAAUUUUAUUAGUUUUUUGUGUAUUCUGAUUUUUAUGAGCCUUCAAUCUAGCUGUAAGAACAUAAGAACACCCAUAUUAAAUCAGAACAGAAACUGUGUCAUCCAGUAAGAUGUCUAUAGCAAGCCCAAACCAGAACAUAAAGAUAAUGGCAUUCACCUGCUAAGAUUUCUCAAAGAUUACUAUUCAGAGAUAUUUUGCCUGUGACAGGAGAAAACAGUACAGUUUGAAUAUCUCUUAUCAAGAAUUCCGAAAUCCAAAAUACCCUAAAUCCAGAAUUGUUCACAUGGGUGUCUUUAGGUGCUACAAAGGGAUGAAGGUAAUAUCAAUCCGCACAGCACCCGGAAAAGGACAUCUACAUGUGUAAGGGAAAUGUACACAUGUUGAUGUCUCUAACAAUUAUGGUCCUAGUGUACUAGCUGCUUUGCGUCCCUUUCAGGCAAAAAUGUGAGAUAAAUAAAAAAAAUUAAAAAGCCAAAGUUGAUAAAUUACUAUGAUAACAAUUGCAGUUACCUGCGUAUCCAGGAACAGCAAUGAAUCAAGUAGUGGACCAAAAGCUGAACAUCAGCCAAUGUUUUGUGUCCAGAAGAUUAGGGGGUAGAACAGCACAGUAUUCUGGGUCCUGACUUCCAGAGAGGUAUACAAUAAUUUUUGGCCUUAGUUAUGGCAAAUCCAAUAAGCCCUUUAUAUAACUGACUUUCUAGGUGUCUGUUGAAUUGAGAGUUGUUAGGGAGCAGCAGUUAGAACCACAGAAGAUUGGUAUCAGGUAUUUCAAUCCUUGGCUUCUCAGGGCCCUUCCACACAGCCCUAUAUCCCAGAAUAUCAAGGCAGAAAAUCCCACAAUGUCUACUUUGUACUGGGUUAUCUUAGUCCACACUCAGAUAAUGUGAGAUUUUCUGCCUUGAUAUUCUGGGAUAUAGGGCUGUGUGGAAGGGCCCUUAGAGAUAAUAAAAAAUGUUUUUGUAUCCCGCCUCCAUCUCCCCAAGGGGACUCGGGGGCAGCUCACAUGGGGACAGGCCCAGCAACAUAAGUUAAAAACACAGAUCAAUAAAAUUAAAACAUUGUAUCAACAUAAAACACAUCAGCAAUUUAAAACCUGGACAAUAAUAAUAACUAAAUAUAGAGAUCUAGGAGAAUCAGCUGUUUAGUAUAUUCUCUCUCUCUGAAUCCAAAUGUAAUUUAUUGAGCAGGGUGACCAUGGCAGUUUCCAUUCCAAAAAGAGGUCUAAAUCCUGUGGUGUUAAGGUGGCGUUAAGAUCCAGAUAUUCUUCUUUGUGGUCUCUGUGUCUCACGCAAAGGCGUCUUAUGUUGGAAGCGCAACAAUGCUUAGCACUGAAGAAUCAAGAAUGCCUCACUGUGGGCAGUAGUAAUAGGAUUAGACAAUUAGAGUGACCUAAAUGAAUUCUCCCUCUCUGUCUUCCUAUCCUGACCCCCUGUGAUGUACGUUGAUACACCUAGGGAUAUUUCUCCAUCUUUUCUCCUCUCCAUGAGUUCUCCUCUCUGCUCUUCCCCUAGAAUGUAGCUAGAUUAGAUUGGCACCUUGAGUAACUUGCUUGUUUUAGAAUAUAAUUCCUAUAAAACAGCUUUUUCUUUGUGCUGGCCUUAUGGCUGUUCACAAAGAGAGAGAGAAACGAUAGUAUUAGAUGGAAUCUCAGCUGGUUGUUUGAUAAAUAGCACUCUGAUUGAGGAGAAAUACAGGAAUGUUCAGAGUAUAAAAACUCCUAAAUUGGUGUUAGCCUAUCUUGACAACAUGCUAAUGAUAUCAGAUAGCACUCGACAUCUUUUACUGCUAGGCUGAUUAAUUUCUGCUUGGAUGCAACCAGGUCAAACAGUUCAGGACUAUGUAUUUCAUGUAAAAAAAACACAGCUGAUGAGCUGAGACAUUAUAAAUGGGAACUGGAUGAUCAAUUAGAUAAUCCAUGCAUCUUUAUGUGACUGCUGAAAAUUUUGCAAUGGUUUUGAAAGCUCAAUCAUGUGUAAUCUGCUGACAAAGGAAUUUGCUAGAUCUGAAAUAAAAGGAGAUGAUCCCUCCACAACAGAUCCUGCCUUUUGGGGAUAAAACCACAGCUUCAGCCUCACCAUAAGAAGUCUUGCAUAGCUGUUAAAUGCUAUACAUAAUGGGGGUUUUUUUCAUAUCAGGAGCGACUUGAGGAAAGUUCUAGAACUAGUUAGUCCUGGCAAGAGCCUUAAUUUGUCCUCUCUUCCACACAUGAUCAAUCCUACCAACACUACUACCAACACUACUACUACUCUCCUCAGUUUCUCUACCAUUCAGAUUGUCUUCUCUGGCUGGAUCUACACUGCCCUAUGAUCCUAUUUUGGAACGUUGAUCUAGAUUAUCAGACCUCGUUGACUGAUAUUGUCCAGUUCAAUGCUGUUGAUUCACAUUCUGAAACUGGAUUAUAGGGCAGUGUAGAUCCACCCUGUAUAGCUGAGUAGCUUCCUUUCUUCCCUUCUCUUUUCUCUUUUUGCUACCUUAAUCCCUUUUAUUAUAUUCCUUAUUCUUGUUCUUUUUUUUCUUUUCUUUUCUUCUUAUCUGUGGUUCAAGAAAAGAAAGGAAAGGAAAGGACAUUUAGUUUUUCAUUAUAACUUUAAAUUGUUUUUCUUUUCUGGCCUUUAAGGCCCUUUUAAAAUUUGGUUUCCAUUUUGACAGUAAGUUGCCCUUUCCUAAUGGGUACUCACAGUGUUUCUUUUGCUAGGGUGAAUCAUAUGUCAUCCGGUAGUGCCAAUUUGUUGCUACUUCAUUUCAAAAUCUCUGAAUAACAGAGCCUGCCACUUCACAUUUUAGUGCUGGGAGCAGCCCUUGAAGGUCAUUGAUAAAGUCUUCCCAAAUAACCCCUUACAUUUGGCAUGAGCUUUGUUAUGUAACUCUCUGUUAUAACCUGCAUUGAAAACGUUGGCUGUGACAACUGUUGGUUUGUCUGAAUUGUUAGCUUCAGUUAUGGAUCUCUUUUCAUUAUUGUCUGCUAUCAGUUUUAGGGAUCCAUCUCUUUCACAGAUAGAUCCCUUAGUCUCAAUGUCUGCAGAAAUCUACAGCAGAAGAGGGCCUGGGUUCUCCUUCAGUCUUAGGAGCUCAGAUGUCUUCAAAACUGGCAUUCUUGGAAUGCCUGGCCCAGCCUUCAGUCUCCUCUGAUGGAAGAAAGAAAAGUUUUCUCAAGACUAGGAUUCUUACAAAAUGAAAGACAAGAAGCAGCAUGAUCCCCCUACAAUAUUGGCAUUGUCUUCUUUGAAAGUUUCUAUAUCCAUUUUACAAAUGUCUAUAUUAACACUUAUUAGUAAAGUAACAAUUUAACAAUGCUAGCAACCACUUCUACUUCAGUCUAUAGAACAGUCUUAAGAUCUGUUCACAAAUUCUCAGCCUGUUUUCUGAUCAACAACUUUAGGUUAUCAACCUUAUUCUCCUCCGAAUCACUACUACUUUAGCAUCCUUCCCCCACAGAAUGACACCUUUGGAUUGAUUUGCUUCUUGUAAGGAAUGAGUUCCUUCCUAUCAGAUGCACUCUUUUUUGUACCAAUAUAUAGCUCAUUUUACCAGCCUCAAACAUCUGUAUUUGGAUGACUCACUUUUGGGGUUCAUUCUAUAACUACUGAUGUCACAAACCUUAGAUCUUAUUAAAAUUAAUCUUCUCACUGGCAUCAAAAUUAUUAUUGAGACUACUUGUAGUGCAGAUUAUCGUGUCACCCUAGAUGUCCUAGCCAGCCCAUUGGAAGAUCACGCCACCUGCUAGAACUGUAGUAUCUUUGCCCUAGAUCUCUGCUGUCUCCUUCUCACACAACUUCACCUGUGUCCAGGCUGCUCCUGCUUUUAGUGUUUCAAUCCUCCAUCCCAUUUUUGCUUAUGUUCUUCAUUUAUAUUGCACCCAUUCUGAGUGUUUACUUCUGACUUCUAGAUCACAUCCUUGGUCUUUGGCUUCACUUGUGCUUUCCUAAGCUCCACUGCUGUUAUUUUCAAUAGUUUCUGCUGCUCUGGCUGCCUCUGUCAUCUGCACCUAUUGCUGCAUCUGACCCAUUGGUUGUCUCAUCUGAAGCUGAUUAUGACUUUUUCACCGUUGCCAUCUUCCUGUGACAUUUUCCUCAAACAUGGCUAUUGAGGACCAUAUUCAGGUUUAUCCACCUGCUCUUCUAUAUGGAUGUAAUCUUGUUUGUGGCAAAAUCUUAAGGCUGAAAGUCACCUUAAUCCCAGUUCUUGUACUGGAUCUUAUUAUUCAGAAAGUAAACUCCCAGAAUACUACAUGUGCAGAGAUACCCUUCUUGCCUGCUCUCCUUGACCUCAUCAGAGAAGCUUGAUCAACCAUAGCAACAUGCCUCCUACACCCAGACAAACUGAGAGUUUGAAUCAUGUGCAACCAAAAUCUCUUCUCUGUUUACCGAUCCUAUUCCUAACUUGAUUGUGUGGAAGCUUCACAGAAAAGGAAGCAAGAGCUUACUUUCAAUUUGUGAGCUGUCGGAGGUGCUUUGAAUGCCAUUUGCUGCUUCUUGGCAGGGGGUUGGACUGGAUGUCCCAUGAAGUCUCUAUUAUUCUAUGAUUCUAUGAUUCAAUUUGUGUGGAUUGAAAGGAAUGUAGAUUAAACAUCUUAGUCUUAGGUUCUAUUCUCCUUCCAUAACCAUCUGACCCGACGAUAUGGAGGCAUAUAUGUGGCAUAUUAACAGCCCCUUUGGGAGAAAAUUGUCUUGUUUUUUUUAUCUCCCAGACACCAGAAAACAGGAAGUAAAUCAGUUGGCAAGCCAGGAGUUUAAGUCAAUGCAUCAUCCUGCCGGUAGUGGAGUUUGGACCAUGGCUAGGACUACUGCUCUCUGUCAAUAUACUUGGUUUCAUAAAACUGACAUAGUUUAGGACAUUAGGAAACACGUUGAGCAUCUCCCUUUUGAAGGGAAUGGACUCUAAUCAGACCGUAGAGCAUGGUGCUUUAUAAAUUACUAAUGUAUUUCUAUUAGAAUUAGUUGACUCUAAGUGAUGCUCCACAGUUCACUAGACCAGAGUUUUUUAAUUUUCCUCUAGUGACUGCUUUCCACCCAACAAACUAUUUUGUGAUGCUUUUCUGUCUGAAAAUUAUUUAUGUGACCCUAGGUAUAUAGGUUUGAAAAAAUCAAACAUUUACUGAUAAUAAAUUAGCAUUUGCAAGGCUUGCUAAACAAGCUGAUUUUCUUUUUUAUGAAGUACAGUUGAAGCAUUUUCUGCAAAGUGCACUGCUAACACUACACAUUCUUGCUAACAGAUUUGGGUAAAUGCCUAGAUGGCAUUCAGAAACCUUUUACUGUUGCCAAUUUUUGUGACCCCAACAUUGAGUUAAGGGGACCCCAUUUGGGGUCAGGAAGCAGUGCACUAUACCAACAAAGAGUCUUAUGGUUUCCUCACAAUUAACAUUUAUUUUAGCAUGAGCUUUUGUGGAUUAUAAUCCAUUUCCUUGGGUGUAUAGAAUGUAAUAUUUGAAUGUGUAUACACACCAUACAUGGUCAGAAGGAUAAAAUAAGA